AUGCAAGUCGUAGUUCGUUCCAUAAGCAUUGGAGUCGUGCCUGAAUCCUUUGAAAAGCUUCUAUCCGACAGGAGAAAGAUUGUAAGGGAAUGGGAUAGGCCAGGCGGAAAUACAGAAUUAGAAUAUCCGGAAGUGGGGGUUGAACAGAUGGGUCAGAUGGCAUUGAAAGAGGAUGGGCUUUCUCGAAGGCUCGGGAGCAAUUGA